AUGCUGAAUGAAUUUGUAAAUAAAUGGAUGGUCCAGGUCUUUUGUAUAUGGAUAGCUGGUGCAUGUAAUAGCCAUUGCCUAACAAAGAAUUCAACAGAAGAAACAAAAGACUGUUUGGUUAAUUACUUUAAAGUUGAAGAUAAGUGUAAAGAAUGUCCAAUUGGAUAUUUUGGAUACAACUGCUCUCAGAAGUGCACUCCACCAACAUACGGGGUUCUAUGUAGUAAAGAAUGCAUUAACUGCUCACCCUGUCAUCAUGAAGUGGGAUGCAACUUAACUCCUGAAUUCACAAGGCUUGACCGAAACAUAACGACAGAACUGGUUUCUAAAAAUUGCCUUAUCAAUGAAUAUAAAGAUGGAAAUAAUUGCAAAGAAUGCCCAGCGGGAUACUUUGGUCUCAACUGCUCCCAAACGUGCGUCCUUCCUUCGUAUGGGAUUGCCUGUAGUGAAAGAUGUAACACUUCCUGUUUAUUAUGUCAUCAUAUAAAGGGGUGUAUUUCAUUUUCAGAAUUAACAGCAUCUGAUGUAAUAGUAGAAACAGGAAAAAAACCAUCAUCUGCGGGAAACAGAAUAUUUCAAACUCACGUCAAUUUGAUAAUUUUACUGAUUGGAGGAACCAUAACGAUCGUGCUACUUGUCGUGAUCGUUUUUACAAUACGGAGUCCUCGGUCUUUAGUUAAGAGCAACCGUAGCGAUCAUCCAUCACCAAAUGUUCAUGGAAUCGAGAAUAUUUAUUAUGAAUUCAAUGUGGUGGAAUGAUUCGAAUCCAUUUUCUUCAUUUAUUUUGAAUGCAUACAUGUAGCAAAACUACGAGCACGUCACGUUAUCAAGUGCAUGCUGACUGUUGUGUGUAUUAGAGAUAAGGACUUUCCGUAAUAUCUUAUCCUACCUUACAACCAUUAUAAUUGAUAAAACAGUAUAUCAAUUUUUGAUGUCCGAAUGAACAAUUC